GCUGACUAAAAAUGUGUAUUAAUUGGCAAUACCUUUAAUUAAGUAAAAAUUUCCCAAACUGGGACUGUUUUGCCCACGACAAGCCCCUAUACAGGGCAGGUCACAGAGCCUUCAGACGUGGCAGCUUCGGCCCUGCAGCACCCCGGUUCUCCAGGGAAAACACCCCCUUGUUGCUCUCCACGAACAUCUCCUCUCCACCCGUGGGAUCCGAUCCUCUCCACUGAGGCCGAUGGCAAAUGGUAAAAUGGGAACAAAAGGGCUGGCAGUUCGGGAAAGGCGGCGAAAGGGAAGGCAAGGACAAAAUGACGGGCCUGGAGAAGGGAACAAAGCAGGAAGGCUGUGAGCAGGGCACGGCCCAGAGGCAGGUCCCCCCCCCGGCCACCCCCGCCGCAGGCAUUUGGGGCUGCUGCAGAGAUGCAGCUGCGGGGCGAGGGACUCGCAGCCCUGCCCCAGCUGCCGUGCGCACUGCCCAGCAACGCCGCGGGCAGGGGCUCACUUCCAGACACGGCCAACGCUAGGUUUCACAGGUUGCGACAUCUGAAAAACCCCACGAGCCCUGGUUCUGUGUGCAGAGGGUCGGAUCCUUGCCUCUGAGUCAGCUCCAGAUCCUCUUUGGUACCGGAGCCUGCGAGGGGCAGACACACGGACGCUGCAAUCCCAGCGAGAUGCUCCCAAUUUUCACCCACCGUGCUCCCCGUCCUCCGCAGGGGGGAAACCCAGCCGGGCCCUCGAGUCCUGUGAGUUAUUCCUCCGGCUUUUCUUCUUCCUGAGCCAAAGGAGGAGGAAGCGGUGCUGCCCGCACAUCUGCGUGCUGCUCGAUGGUGCUCCCCACGGUGAGCUGAGGCUGGCUGAGCGAUGUACGCGCUGCCGGCCGUGCAGCUGGCUGUCCAGGGCACGGUGACAAGCUCAUUUGUCAGGCGUUGCAACUGGAUGGGACACGGCCUGGGGAGAGAGGAAGAGGGGAAAAUCCCCUUUGUUAAACAAUGAAGUUGGGAUUCCGAAUAAUUGGAAGCUUAAAGCACGCAAAACAAUCUUCCAGCGCUCCUGGGGCCUGGCUCCUGGAAGCUCUCGGCGUGUCCACAACCUCCGGUGUCCUGGGCAGGGGAAGGACGGAGGUGGGGAGAUCUCCUGCACCAGGAGUGGCGCUGGGCCUGCCAGAGGUGGAGGCAGAAGGGAGCUCUCAUCCAGCAAGAGGGCAAAACGAGGCAGGUGACAGCAGCCUGACAUCCAUGGGAAGCCACUGGGCAGCCCCGAUGCCCGUGAAGGCGGGGGGCUGCGGGAGGCCUGGAGGAGCAGGAGCCCUCCCCAGCAUCUCCCUGCGCCAUCCUUCCACCAACCUUAUGCCCACCCCGAGUCCUUCCAUCCUCUCUCCUUCCCUCUCCCGGCAGCCCACCGCCCCAGCCUCGCUCAGCACCCCUCUCCCUGGCCCUCCCGUCCCACCAGGUUAAUUCGAGUUCCUGAUUUGCAUAGGCAGCAGAUCACAGUGUUCUGGAAAUCCCCUGCUGCGGCCGGAGCUUCCUCCCCGUGCUCUUGCAGCGUCAUCAUCGUCCUUCUGCUUUCCUUCCCCCGGCAGGGUACCGGGAUGCGGCAGGUCAGCGCGGUGCCGGCAGCGGCCCCCAGCAAAACCCCACUGCUGCUGCCCACGGGCAUCGACCCGCAGCACCCGCAGCCUCGUGCGGACCUAAACCCAUAAGGGAUCCCAUAAGGCAGAUCUAACCCACAAGGGGUCCCGGGGCUCUGCAGAGAUCCGACUGUGCCCACCAGCUGCAGCAGCCCCCGGCACGGCCACCCGGGACACCCAGUCCCGUCGUCUCCAUGGGGUGAAUGCACUCAGUUCGCCUGGCAGCAUUUAGGCCAGGAGGAUUUCUUGGGUGCUGCGGGCUGCUGGUCGCUGCCACUUGGGGUUUGCACGGCCAGACGUGCACUUUCUUACACCUGAGGAGGGCGAACCCAAAGGGAACGCAAUCGUGAAAUAAGCAGAGGGCAGGAGGAGAGCUCCGACAGGCUGCACCCCUCUCACCCUGCCUGCCGCAGCACGGGCUGGCACAGCAGUAACCACAGAAGCAAUGACACUGCCCUCACGUGAACGAGGCUGAGGCUCCCUAAAAAAACCCUAGUGGGUAAAAACGGCAGCUGUGAACUCAUCUUCAGAGCUGCUCCUGCACUCCUGUGAAUCACGGCUGCCGUCAGGUGAGCCCCGUGAGCACGGAGGGACCGGAGGAAUGAGGAAGAACCACCAGGACGAGAACGCUCUGCUGCCAGCCAGCCCCGCUCUGGUCACUGCUCAGGGGGAAAUUUGUCCCAGCGUUGGGGCCAGCCCGAGGGUGACCUAGGGCGGGAAUAGAGAGAGCAAACGGGGAAAGUGAAGAGCUAUUUGAGUGGGCAGAGCAGGGUCCCCCAUCCUCCUGGCCCUAUUGCAGGAGGAAUCUGCCGUGCACGUCCCUGUUGGAGACGUCAGUUCCCCCGUGCUUUCAGGGGUAACUCGGGACCAUGGGUGAGGAGCUCAGCAGCUGGGUUCAGCCUCUCUUAGAUAAACAUUUAAGCCUUUGGUGUUUAUUCCAGCUCCAGCUUUAGUUCUGAUCACCUCGGUGCACGGUCCCUGUGGACUGCCUGCAGGUCUGGCACACCUGCCUGGCUUCACCAGCACGGACAGCUCUUCCUUGCUGUCCCAUGAAGAAGCAUCCUCCUGUUUUGGAUGGCCAAAAAGGGGACAGGAACACACAUGGGACAAUGACGGCACCUCUUGCAAGACGCAGCAGGUUCCUCGGGGAGAAGCACCAAGCGUUUGCAAACCUGCAGUCGCUCAGACACAGGCAACCUGAGUGAUGUAACCAGCUCCUCCAGCAGUCCCUACAUGAAUCACAGCCUCCAUGGCAGCCCCCUCCCUGCCUCCGCUCGCUGACUAAUCCUUCGCACCCCUCGGCUGGGAGGAAUGGCACAGGAGAGCCCUUUAAGCGGUGCCUGGCUGCCUAUCAAAACCACGCAGAGGCUGUCUGGGGCCUCCAUCAUGGGGAAUUCCCCUUCUCCAUGCCUAAAAGUAAACUCAGCUGGGCCGGGCUCCUGCAGUUGGGGAUCGCAGACGGAGAGCGCCUGCACCAAAGGGCUCGAGUCCCCCCCGAGCCCCUCCGCGCCCGGCCGGGGAUGCCCGGCCGGGAGGUCGGCGGUUAAAUGGCAGACAUGGAAGGGAGAGGCCCCUACCGCAUCUACGACCCCGGCGGGGGCACGGAGGAGAAUGGGUCCGCGGCUUUCGAGCGGCUGAUGGAGGAGAACGCCCGGCUGAAGGAGAAGAUGCAGGGGAUAAAGUCUAUCGGAGAGCUGCUGGAGGAGUCCCAGGUGGAGGCGUCCAAGCUGCGGCAGAAGGCAGAGGACCUCGUGAAGGACAACAAAAUGCUGAUGGGCUCGUCUGCCUUGGAGGAGCUGGUGGAAAGCGGAGCCGCCGGCCCCAAGCCCAGCUGCACCCUGGCCCCCCCAGGCAGCGCCCAGCCGGAGGCAGAAGCGCGGAAAUCUCCGAGUGGCUCCUCGUCGGAGUUUGAGAUCGUGGCCGUGGAAGCGCAGGGCUUCCCCCAGGACAGCGGGAGAGCGGACUUGGAGCCGCUGCCCACCGAGGACGCCAACCUGCUGCCGCAGCUGCAGCAGCUGGAGAGCACGCUGAGCGGCUGCGCCCAGGAGGCCAGCAAGGACCAGGUCUUCGUGCGCAUGGGCUACAUGGCCUCCGAGCUCAAGCGCCUGGCCUCCAAGGUGCACAAGAACGAGCAGAGAACGUCGUUCCUGCAGACGCUGUGUGAGACGCUGCACACUGAGAACAAGGAGCUGCGAACCAAGCUGGAGAGGGACCUGGAGCAGAGGAACCAGGCCCUGGAGAAGCUCAGGUGUGAGAACCAGGAGCUGCGGAGGAUGGUGACGCUGAGCAACCAGGAAAGUGCGAAGAGGGAAGCUGCCGAGCAGCAGCAGCAGAGCGGGGCAGGAGCGGAGAAGGCGCUGGGCAGAGGAGACCUGGAGGCCAAGGAGAAGAAGGUGAAGAUCCUGGAGCACCAGCGCAGGGAGCUGCUGGAGGUGAACAAGCAGUGGGACCAGCACUUCCGAGCCAUGAAGCAGAAGUACGAGCAGAAGAUGACAGACGUGCACCAGGAGCUGGCCGAGGCCCGGCGGGCGCUGACCGAGAUGGAGGCGGAGCGGGAGCAGAAGCAGCGGGACUUCGACCGCAAGCUGCUCCUGGCCAAAUCCCGCAUCGAAACGGAGGAGGCGGAGAAGGACAGGCUGGCCAUGGAGGUGCGGGACCUGCAGCAGAGGAUGCGGUUCCUGCAGGAGCAGCUGGCGCCGGUCACCAGGCAGAGGGAGUACCAGGAGAGGGAGAUCCAGCGGCUGAACAAGGCACUAGAGGAGGCCCUGAACGUCCAAGCCUCCCCACCGCCCAUCUUCGCCGGCACCCUGGAGCCGGCCGGGAAGGUGCCGCAGCAGGAGCUGCUGACCCAGAACGAGCUGCUCAAGCAGCAGGUGAAGAUUUUCGAGGAAGACUUCCAGCGGGAGCGGAGCGACAGGGAGAGGAUGAACGAGGAGAAGGAGGAGCUGAAGCAGCAGCUGGAGAAGCUGCAGAAGCAGCUGGUGGUCUCCAACAGCCAGCUGCGCGCCUCCAAGGACGACUGCCAGAGGGAGAAGGAGGAGAAGGAGAAGCUGAAGAAGAUGCUGAAGCAGCACAAACAGGCUUCUGGAGAGCGGCUGCACCCCGAGCCGCUGCCGGGGCCGCUGGGCCCUGCCUGCCCCAUGUACCAGUACCGGUACAGCCCCCCCGUGCCUCACCCCGUCUACCACGGCUUCGACGAGUGGCAGCAGAUCCGAUACCCGCCGGCAAUGCCGGGCGAGCACGCGCCGGGACAGAACUUCCACCAUUUCCCCCCGCCAGAAUACCCCUGGCGCCCGUCCUGCGCCAUGUCCCGGAGCCAGAACGCCCCGGCCAUGCCUGGGGUGAAACCGGUCCCCAAGGAUUUGGAACAGGCAGGCCCCGGAUUGCCGUAACGCCCAGGAGCGCCGUCGCCGUGCCACAGGCUAGCAGCAGAAGGAAGUAGGAUGUGUGUGUGUGCCCGUGUACAUAGAUCUAGGACCUUCCUCCGGCCGUUUGCCCUGUGCGGAGCCACGCGCUGGAUGCGCGCCCGGGGCCGGAGAGCCCCGCGGUGCCGGAGGGCCGGCGGGUGGCGUGGCCGUCCCCGUACGGCCGCUGCCCGGCUGGGCGAGCGGGGCCACGUCUUCGGGAAGAGGAGCCGGCGCUGCCCAGGAGCUUCCCAUGGUCCAGGAGCUUCGCCUCCUCCCCAUGAGGAGCAUCUCCGCCGGCGGGUCCUCUCCUGGCGCUGGGAGAGCCCGCGCCCCCAGGCGAACAGCCGGGCCGAGGGUGGUUGGUGUCGUCGUAUUUAUUUAAGGACCGAAGCUAAGCUGAAUCUCUUUGUUUUCUUCCUGAAAGAGUGCUUUCUCCGGAAGAGCCUCGGUGUAAAUGCUCGAGGUGGGAGUUGUCUAGACUGUUUUUCCAGAUUUGUUCCGAUGUAGCCACGUGUCCAGAGCAAAACAGGAACCGAAUCGCUGCA